GAAGAAAAGAAGUAAUAUUUGCAGUAGAAAUGUAAAAAAUAGUUUCACAUUUAUAACAAAUAAUAAAAACUAGAAAGAAAUCUAUUGUGUUAUAAGAAACUUAAGUUGUGGUUUGUAUACGUUCCUUUAAAUUAUUUGGUUUAAACCGUCACGGAAAAACAAAAACGAAUAAAAACGAAAGUAAUAAAAAUCGAAACCAAAACAAAAAUUGUAAUACUUUUACAAAUUCUCGCAACAUUUUUUUAUAAUACAUUAUAAAUAAGCGUUUAUGCAUUAUCCCACUGAAAGAGCGAGAAAAAAAUGAACGCCAAAGAAAUUCUGAUGAAAGCGGUUGUUUGUGAUCGAAGUGGUAGAAUUAUCCAAGCAUUAACGCACUACCAGGACGGUAUCAAAAUUCUAAUGGACUUAGUCAAUGAAGAAACUGAUGCGGGAAGAAAGAAAGUUUACCAUUCACGCAUCAAAGAGUACCUUGACCGAGCCGAGCAAAUAAAGGAACGUAUAUCACGUUUUGGUCAUAGUGGUUCCUUGCUGCACAAUAUAUCUAUAGAGGAUGGUGCCACCGGGUACAGCUAUUAUACGUUAUUUGGCAAAUAUCUUAGUAACGAAGUCCAAGAAGUUCUUAUCGAAGAGCCCUACCUUAUAGAAAGAUAUCAAUUUCAGAAUUUAAUAAAUUUUCUUGAGGUGAUCAUUAAAAAUUGCGCAGAUUUGAAGUUUGUACGCCUAGUUACUAAAACAGAUAACAAAAAUCCUGAAAAUCAAAUGAUCACAUUAGAUAAUAUUAAGGCUGAUCUUUCAUUACGCGAAAUAACAUUACAUUUUACAUUCGAGGAUACUUUACAUGAUCGUAAAAUUCUUUUAAGUAGUGGAUAUGUGAUUAAAAUCGGACGUGGUCUGCAUAUCUAUAAGCCUAACAAUCCUAGAUACACUUUGGGCAUGUGUGAUUACGACUUUCGUAAAUGCUUGCAAACGGAUGUCGAUAUCUUGCGUAUAAAAAAAGUUAGUUAAGUUUACUGUUUAGUCGUUAAAAUGUGUACUGAUUUCUGUGACAAAAACAAAAGAAAAAAUUCAACUUAAUAAAAUCUUUCAUUUUUUCUUUAUUUUUAAACGUAUAUUAUAAACUAAAAUGAAAACGAGUUUCAAUUCGAGAGGGGGUUAAAGCAUUGCGUGUCGCGUACAUAAGCUUGGAAUCAACUUAUGUGGAUUAUAUUUGACAUAAUUCGGAAAAAUAUUUUUUGAGGAUUCCCGGCAAAUAUUUGUGCAUUUUAAUCAAUAUCGUCAUCAAGCAAUUAUUGGUUAUUUACUGAUGAGUAACCACAUAGCCAUAACCGAAAUAAUUUAAAAAUACAAUAAAAGUACACAUUUUUUUUAUUAUUUAUUUAUUAAAAAUAUCCUUCAAAUGCAAAAACCAUUAACUAUGAACAUAAAUUAUGAGCACAGCCAUGAAUAACAACAAUGGUAACAACAGCAACAACAUGACAAAGUGACUGCUGUUAAAGUAUUUGACUGGAAAUGUCAAUGAAAUUAAAUUUUAUACAAUCGUUCAGAGGGCCAUAAAAACAACGCACAAACGCAAAAGGAUGAAAACUAAAAUUGACUAUAACUCAAAGCCAAAUAACAACGCAUACAUAUAAACAUACAAUACAUGAAUUUAGUAGAAAUUUAUCAAGGAUUUAUACAUAGGGGGUGAAUGGUUGGGUGUUGACGACGACUGUGACACACCAAGAGCUAUUUAUAAAUAUUGUCAUGCUACCAAAAAGAUAAAUGGAAUGGUAAUAUAUAUAUAUGUAUAUAUAUAUUACCACGUAUAUAUAUAU